AUGAUACCGGCACUAUUAUUUCUGUCCGACACAGACGAUAGUGCAGACGAUUCUUCGGAUGAGAUUGAUAACGGUUGCUGGGCUAAUGAAAGUUCAACAACAAAUAGUGCACGAAACCGGGAAUCAAUUCCUAGCGAUCAAGACAAUGGAUGGUUCUUAAAAUACUUCCACGUUUCACGAGGUGUAUUUAAAAUACUGUACGAGGGUAUAUUGCCAAAGCUUACCACAACCGAACGUGGGCCUACGGUUUACGAAAAACUAUCAGCCGCGUUACGGUAUCUUGCUAAAGGCACCUGUACCAGUGAUCUGGGCGUUGGUGGUUAUAAAGCUAUGCCACGGAAAGCAUUUCAAAGGAUGUUUCUAGAUACGCUAGCUGCGAUACAUGAUUUGGUUUACAGCAAGUAUGUCUCACUAAAUCGGAAUGCUAGCGAACAGCAACAGCAAGGGAAAAGCUCUUUUGCAGGACAAUUUCCGCUGCUGGCUGGUGUGGGACUGUGCGCGAUUGGAACACAUAUAGAAAUAGCUGAGCCAGCAGAGGAUAAGUAUCUGUUUUACUACAAGUAUGGCGCGUACUGCCUCAAUGCAUUGUUGAUUUGUGAUCAGAAUAAACGCAUUAGGUACGCUAAUGCAAGCUUCUACGCUGCCAUGAAUGAUGUACAUUUAUGGUCCAGCUCGGGGUUGGAUAGCUAUUUUAGUGACGAGUAUUAUAACGGAAGUGCAAACUGUUAUGUAUUAGCAAGUUCCACAUUUCCUUGCAAAAUGUGGCUAAUCACACCAAAGCAAGACGCUAAGCCCAACAGCCCCGAGGCUGCAUUUAACGAACAGCACGAAAAAGCAUUUGCAGCUGCGGUGGAAACAAUGCGACUGUUAAAGGACCGCUUUAGAUGCCUGCUGGGCAAUCCACCCAUCCCAUACAAACCUGCCGAAUGUGCCACCAUCGUAAAAGUCUGUUGUGCGCUUCACAACAUGUGCAUGGAGUGCGAAACAGUUCAAUAA